GUAUAUAGUUCAGAUUGUCCAGACAAGCAGCAUGUAGAGAAUUGAACCUCACUUCCAACCCGAAAUUCUAUAAGUGUUAAUUUUAUAUCAUUCCCGAAGCCCGCAGGAAGAGUUUGAGAAAACAGCUUCGCUAGACACAUUGGGGGGUAACCUUAGCACCUGUAUUAAGAACUUACAGACUGUUUUCGGGCUUUUAAUAUGGCCAGGGUGAUACAAAGUGUAUUGGACACUUGCGUAUCUUACGAGGCAAAUGAUGGUGUCUGCCUCGAUAUGGAUAUAAAGUCGUCGUUUGUGUUAAUGGAGGGGGAUUCAUAAAGGCAAGGCGCUUGCAGGGUUUAAGGAGCUAGCAGGCUGUCGUGUCAAUGACUUGUCGUGACAUUAGCCGCUUAUCGGAUUGCCGCCUUUAUACCAGAGAAUCAGUGAGGCGGCAUAUCAACUGGCGGAUGGAUCAUUGCAAAUGUUGGAAGUUGGUUGUUGGGCAGGAAUACGGGAUGUGGCCUGAGCUUCAUAGGGCGGUCGGUGAUUCUACCCGUGCUGGACCUGUCCUUGUAAGCGUAGGUGCAGCUUCCAAGGCCACCGCCAACCGGCCUGCAUAUGCUUGCUUUUGGGGGACAAAGUUCUUUCUUAAAGGAUUUUCAAGCACCUCCUCCUCAUCUCCUCAUUCUUUCUUCUUUACCCCCUCCUCUCUCCUCAGACAGUUUCGUGGGAAAGCUGGGGAGAAGUUACAGGGACGCGAAAAGCGUUUCCUCAUAUCGACAAGCGACCUGUCAGGGGUGGUCUCCAGAUUUGGCCUUGUUUUAGCGCAAAUCAUCACCGCGGGCUCCGGCUGCCCAGGUCGGCAGCGCAAAUUUCGAGACGUUGUGUCUGACGAACCAGACCCUCCGAUCAUUAAGAUCAAAAUAUCCGGCGUCUUCAAUCUCGAUUUCCAGCUCCGUACGACGCUCGCACCUCUUCGCGACUUUUCUCGCACUCAAGAUUCCCUCGUUCGGAAGCAGCAUUAGUUGCAUCUGCUGUGCCAGCCAAUUGACCCCAGGGAAGCUGAUAAAUCUCUACACCCAUUACGCGUCUUGCAGUAUCUUUCGAGCCUCUGAGGCAGCCUCUCACGGUCACGAACUUUUGCCAAUCAUCCUUAGGCGAUCAGCAUUAUUU